AUGGUGGAUGUGAAGUGUCUAAGUGACAAUGAAUUACAGAAUGAACUUGACAAGCUUGGAUUUUCACCUGGCCCAAUACUACAGCUUAAUGUCACUAUCAUUUUGAAAGGAAAUAUCAUACUCUCAUCAGAAAAAAACAAGGGACCCAAAAAAAGACCCAAGGCUUCCACCCGUAAACCAAGAGCCCUAGAAAGCUUCUACCUGGAUUCUAAACAUUCUGAGGGAAGAAGAUGUGCUGCAAGAGCAUCAAACAUCAGAUUCAAAGCAUGGAAUAACAUCAGAGAGAAAGCCUGCUGCAUAGGGAAUAGGAGAGCUAGGAGCAGGAACCCAGAAACGUUCCCAGUGGGCUUGAAACUUGCUGUGUUUGGCAUCUUCAUCAUCGUGAUAUUUGUCUACAUAACUGUGGAAAGGAAGCCGCUCUUUGGUUAAGUGCCUUAGAAGCAGAGCGAUGAGCGCAUGCCUGAGAAUUGCUCCAAGCCUUCUUGCUUCGUGAAAGAAGAGAGGCUACUCUUAAGCGGGACGCCCAGCCCCAUAACCAGGUAGUCUUCCCUUGCACUGUGCUGCUCUCAAGGCUCAGACAGGUGGCAGGAAUGAGGGAGAGAACCAGGCGCUUGUGUCACAGGGCUUGAUAGUAGGAAAUUCCCUGUGUUGGGUUGGCCAUC